AUGUCUGGAAGUUUGAGUGGCACGACUACUCCCUCGUAUGAGUUCCAUUCUUCGAGGGGCAGGGAGUCUAUCAGCUCAGGAUCGUCGCAAGCUUCCCCACCUGCCACGGGCCACAGCAUGAUUUCGCCUUUUCCGUUCGAAAACAGCAUAUUUUCAUCCAGAGGCAUUUCCCCAGUACCCGAAGAAGGCGGACUACCCGUGGUCACAGAAGCUCAAGGCGAGCCUCUAAGCAAUGGCAUGACGGAAUCCAUUGUUAUCAUCCUUGGACUUCCCCGACAAAUCACGGAUAGGGAACUCCGUAGUAUCUUCAUCUUUGCUAAGGAUUUCGUAAACGUUGAGCUUAUUCCGGAUAGUCCUCUUGAUGGUGGAUUACCACCUCUUAAACGUUCCGCGGUAGCACGUUUCCGUAGCUACCACUCUGCGCAGGAAGCGAGAGACCAUAUCAAUUCCAAGAGAGGGGAAAUCUUCGAGGGUGAAAUUUUGCAAGCGACUAUUCCAAUCAACCAGCCACAGACCAUCUUGACUAGCCGGCGGAACACUACCGAUAGUGCUUCCCGGCCCGCGUUGCUUUCUGCGUCCGCCGCAUCUUCUAUCGCCUCGUCAGCUGGGAGGAGUCUCGGGAAGGCACAGGGCAUGCAGGCGCCAUUCUCGGCUACGGAAGCUAUCAUCCCUCCUGCCGGAUUAAUUGGAACACUCCCCCCGAGCCUUGCGACUGCUUCUCUAGGCGGACUUGGUGGUUUGGGUUCUCUACCGAGCUCUAAGUCUUUCGGCAGCAGCUCUAGUGAUUAUAGCAUGGGGCCUAGCCCAGAGUACAUUACAGAUGCCUUCCCGAAUCUCCCAGUGCGAACGCCCGGCUCUGUGGGGACAUCUAGUGGGAAAGCUUUGCUCAUGGAAAGCGAGCCAGAUGCAAAUGAGGAAUACGAUACCCUCUUGAGCGAUCAUUCUCGUUAUCUUUACAAUAACUCUUCAGCACUAGCCUCUGAACCAGGCCUCUCAGCAAUGCAAAAGCCAAGAAGGUCGACAAAUCCCGCCUCGAUGGCGAGUCGAUUCUCCCAGCUCUCGCUCAAUACAAACAACUUGCCCCCUCUUGCUGGACCUAUGAUGGGAUCCCCUGCAGCUAUGGCCCCUGGGAACGCUAGCGCCCUUACUUCGCCGAUUUCAAUACCAAUGUCCGCAACAACAGCCACACCGAUGCAGCCAUACCAGAGGGUUCUUCCCGCCGCCAAUCCUGCGGACCAAAAUCCACCUUGCAAUACGCUUUACGUUGGAAACUUGCCAGCGAACACAUCGGAGGACGAACUCAAAGCAUUAUUCUCCCGUCAACGUGGUUACAAGAGGCUCUGCUUCAGAACGAAGGCGAAUGGUCCUAUGUGUUUUGUCGAGUUUGAGGACGUUGCAUACGCUACUCGUGCACUUACAGAAUUGUAUGGCCGUGGUCUCUCCAACAGUGUCAAAGGCGGUAUCAGAUUAAGUUUCUCCAAAAACCCUCUUGGUGUCCGAUCAAACCAAAACCCGGCGAAUCUCCAAUCUCCAACGACACCCGCGGCUGGAGGCGGAGCCGGCGCUAACGGCUUGUUCUCAACGGCCAUGCAUGCGCCACCGGGCCUUCCACAUCCCGGUGUAACCCCAGCUGCAGUAGUGCGAUCGAACCCCAUGGAUGCAAUCCCUCCACCCCUAGCCCCACUUGCAACCGCAAUCCCACCAAGGGAUCCUGCCUACGCGGCUGCUACACCCGGGGGUCUUGCAUACCGAGAGUCAAUGCUAGCGUCGCCAAUCAGCUAUAAUGCUACGACACAGUCAGCAUUGGGGUUCACGCCUGUAACCUCAAGCUCAUCAGCAAAUGCAUUUGCGACACCAAUUGCACCCCCCAACAUACCUGGUUUUCUAGUCGGCAAAUAG